ACUCUGUUUUCUGUCUGCCCCCCCUUUCAGAUGCAAGCUUACCGAGACAACUUCAAGCAGACUCCUUGUCCCGCGACUUUCGAUCAGUCAUCACAACCUCAAUCCCGUUUGCCAUUUUCCAAGGGGAAUCGAAGUCGUAGUUCGGUCAAAAACGAUCAUACAACAACGGGAUCCAUCAACGGAGCGGCUUCAGCAACAACGCCAAGAAUGUUAAGUCCAACGCCUUCCGAAGAUAUGGGCACAUCGGCCCUGUUGCGACAAAAUCAAGAGCUGAGACAACGUCUAGCCGAGGAGGCGAAUAGUUAUCGAAGACGUUUGGACACCUAUAAACAGGCACAACAGAAUCAAACCACUUUGGUUAGUCGCCUCCAGUCGAAGAUACAACAAUAUCGGCAACGUUGCAACGAUCUGGAGGAACGUAUGCAGGAAACGAUAAAACCACCGACACCAUGUCCGUCGGCACAGCCGAAAAUAACGACAGGGCCCACCACAAGUCAGGUUAUGUGCUCCACAUCAUUGACCUUGGGCCAUUCGAGUCAACCUUGUUCCUCGUCGCUGGAGACACCACCAUCACCGCCCACCUGCGGAGGAGGUCGGGAAUUUGUGGUCCACGAGGAUAGCGGGGAAUUGUGUCGCAAACUCGAGGAGGAACACAAAAAGUGCGAACAGCUGAUGACUCAAAACAAUGCCCUGCGUCAACAGCUGAUCGAAUCAAAUCGCACCAAUGAGGCACUGACCAAUGAUUUGCAGAAAUUGACAAAUGAUUGGUCCAACUUGCGUGAUGAGCUGCUGGUCAAAGAGGAUGAGUUCAAAGAAGAAGAACAGGCCUUCAAAGACUACUACAACAGCGAACACAAUCGCCUGCUGAAAAUGUGGCGAGAAAUUGUUGCGGUAAAGCGCGCCUUCAAGGACAUGCAAACAGCAAUGCGUAACGAAGUCACCAAAAUGGGUCUCGAAGUCAAUGGGGCCGUCAAGGACAUCAAUUCCACGUGCAAUAAUGUCGCCUUCAAUCAUCAACAAGCCAAACGUCUGCUCGAUGAACAAUUGGCCCAAGUGAAGCGUGAAAAUGAUGACCUACAAAAUCAAUUGGCCACCCUUAAGGUCCAGCACGAAUCGGCACGCCAUGAGGUUUUGGAGCGCGAUCAACGCCUGCUAGAGUUAAUGAAUCAAUUGAAAAAACUGGAAGAUCGUUGUGCCCAGGCAGAGUCCCAGGCCAUGCUGGCAUCGCGUUACAAUGAUGAGAUUGAUCGUUUGAAUAGUUCCAUACGCGAAAUAGCCCAAGCUGUUGUUAUGGAUGCUGAGAUUGCAGAUCGGGAACAGGCCGAGGCAGUAGCAGCAGGGGGUGGUGGUGGUGAUAUGCAACACAUGCACUUAUCGCGGGACAGUGGAGGAGGUGGUGGAGCCGCUUCCACGGCCAAAUCUCCCAGACGAUCAUCGGCCCGGGCCUCCCAAGCCUUUGCCGAGGGUACAAUCUCGGCGGUCCAGGCCGCCUUACACAGAUAUCAAUUAGCCCUGCACGACAUGCAGGUGAAAUAUCAAAAUACCCAAGAGAAUCUAAACGCCACCAAAACCCAACUGGACACCAGCGAAGGCACCAAAGCUCUGCUAACCACAAAAAUACAACAGCUGACCGAAAAAUUGGAUGCAAGCAAUUCCAAACUUUCAGAACUUUUGAAAGAGCGCGAUAGCUUGCAGAAAACUCUCGAUGAGAUCAGGGAUCAAAAACAGCAGUCGGAACAAGGCAAAGCUGAAAUAAAUAAUGCGUUCGAAAAUCUAAGUGCAGAUUUUGAGAAGCUGCAAUUCAACUAUGGCAAAUUGCAAAAGAAAAUCGAUGCCCUGGAGGAGGACAAAAAGGCGGUUGAACUGGAAAUUCAACGGAUUCUGAAGGAUAAAAAUAUAACGGAAUUAAAUUUAAGAGCCGAGGAAGACCGUGGCAGUCGCCUGCGAGAGGAGACCAUAUCACUGCGUGAAGAACUGAAUCGUGUCAGUCUCAAUCGCGAUCUGCUCGAACAACAGCGUAUUGAAUCGGAAAAUAUCAUAAAUUUAUUGGAAAAACAAAAAUCCGAUCUAGAAUAUGAUCUCGAUAAGAUAUUGCUGGAGAAAUGUGAUUUGCAGGAACGUUUGGAGAAGGCUUCGUGCAACAAUUCCUCGGCCAGUGAUGAACUGAAAACCAUACAGUCAACUCUGACAGAGGUCCAGGAAGAGCGUAAAAAAUUGUCGCAACAAUUGCACGAACAGAGCAAUGAAUUGGCUGAGGUACGCAAAGAGCUGAGCAAUUUAGAUAAACUGCGCCUGGAGCUGGAAACCGAUAAUUUGGGUUUCAGUGAAAAAGUCAAAUGUCUGCAAAUGGAAAAAGAGAAGAUCCUACAGGACUUGGCUUGCAUAACGCGGGAUCGUGGCGAUAUACACAAUCAAUUGACGGCCAUGUGUCGCAAAAAGGAGUCCCUGAAUGAGGAGCUGAUGCGAACACGCCAGAGACUGGAACAAACCACGGAAACAAAUAAUCGUUUGAAUCGAAAUCUGGAGGAAAUGGUCAAGGAUGUUGAGGAAAAACAGGUGGUCAUAGAUCUGCAUGAAAAGGAGACGCAUCGCUUGCAGGAAAUGUUGGCCGCUCUGCGCUCCGAAAAAGAAUCCCUAGAUGCGGUGCUCUUCGACACCAACACCAAUUUGGAAGCCACCGAAGAAAAACGUGCCCAAUUGGAAAAAGAUCUGCAAGAGGCUUUGGUGCGCGAGGAGUCGCUGAAAAACAACGUCGCCCGUUUGCAAAAGGAAUUGGAACAAUGCCAACGUCGUGCCCAAGACACCAAAACGCAACUCAUCAAUGCGGCCCGUGAAGCAGAAAAUGAUUACAACCAAAAGUUGGCCAAUCUCAAAUCCAAUGCUGAAGAGGCAGCCAAGAAACAUGCCGAUGAUAUGCUCCAACUGCGCGGUGCCCUCGAAAAGAGAAUGCAACAAGCAUUGCAGGCCCUGCAGACGGCCAAGGAUGAUGAAAUUGAAAAGCAACAAGAACGCUUGGAGGGAUUACAAGCCCACUUGGAGAGUUUGGUGCAACAGCAUGAGGAGGCCUUGAUACGGGCGGAGAAUGAGAAACAACAGGCAUUGCUUAUUGCUCAUCGUGACAAACAGGCAGUGCAAGAAAAAUUGGAAGCCGUGGCACGUGAACUGAAAACCGAACAAGAUGCCUUAGAGAGAGCCAAGCGGGAACAUAAUGCCCGAGAUGAGAAGCAACGCAAUGCCAUUGCCCAACUAAAGGAUGAAUUGGUGGCAUUAAGGACACGAGAAGAAGAACAAAAGAUAAAACUUGAAGAAUGCAUACGCAAACAAGAAAUACAAAUGAAUGCCCUCAAAGAGGAACGCGAUAACUUACAACGCCUAAGUGAUGAAUUGAAAAUGGAUAUCCGCUUGAAAGAUGAUAAAAUGGAAUCGUUGAGCAAUGAGCUGCAGGAUACCAUGCGCAAGGCUAAGGAGAAUGAAGGUUAUAUCGAAAGUAUGCGCAAAGAUCUAACCGAUACCAGACGCCAACUGGCCGACAGCAACAUUGAGCGGGACAAGUAUUCGACUAGCAACAAAGAACUACGUGAUCACGUCAAGCGUGUUGAAGGAGCCAAACGGGAACAAGCCCGUGCCAUUGAAGAAGCCCUGCAAAAGAUAAGCAAUCUGGAAGAGAGUAAAAACACCUUGGAAAUUGAUCGCACCCGCAUCUCGACGAUACUCAAGGAGACGGAGAAUAACCUGCAAAAGACUAGCCAGGAAUUGAAUACCACCAAAAAUACCUUGCAAAAGACCCAAAUGGAAUUCGCCCAAAAGGAUGAAGGAGGCAAGGAGUUGCAAAAUAAAUUGGCCGCCGAAACGGAGCUAAAGGAACGUGCCACCCAGGAAUUGAAUCAGGUGAAAAAACAAUUGGCCGAUUUGGAGGCCAACUUGUGUGCCACACGUCAAGAGCUGGGACGUGCCCGUUGCCAUGCCAAUCAGGAGGAACAUCGUUUCCAUAAUCGUGAACAGGAACUGUUGGCACGUUUGGAAGAGGCGAGGGGUCGUGAAAAGCGGCUGGAAGAUCAAAAACAUAACUUGGAGGUGUGUCUGGCCGAUGCCACACAACAGAUCCAAGAACACAAAGCCCGGCUGGGUGGCGCUGAGGGACGAAUUCGGGCCCUGGAUGAACAGUUGGCCUGUGUGGAACAGCACAAACGGGAGAAUGAACAUAAACUAAGUUCCGUCAUCCACACCCUACGUCGCAUAGCCGGUAUACAAAUAGAUGGCAGUGUAAAUCUCUCACAUCGCCUGGUCAGCCCUUCAAGACGUUUCAGUCCGGUGCGCAGUGUCUCGGGCGGGGUGGCGCCCAGUUGCCAUGAUUUCGAUCAACGUAGCACCUCCCAUUGUGCUGAUGGACCAGCCCUUGAUGUCGACCCUGAUCUAAUACGCAAGGGUGUACGUUGCCUCAUGCACCAAGUGGCUCAAAUCGAACGCGAGAAAGACGAUUUCAAGAUGCAAUUGAUGAGUACCAGGAAACAGCUGCAAGACGCUGCCGAUCAACAAAUGAAAUGCGAUGCCAAAGUCUCGAAGCUACAACAAAUGAUAAGACAUCUGCAACAGGAGAAGAGUAAUCUGGACACUGAGCGUAGCAUGAAAGUUUCUGCUUUGAAUGCUCUCGAAGAGAAAUUCCAAAAGAAGGCCGAUGAAUGCCAACAGCUAAGGGAGAAGUUGGCCCAAACAGAAAUGCAAUUGAAUUCCUGCAGCGAGGAGAACUCGCAAAACGAAGAACGUCUGGAGAAGUGUCGGCAACAUGGUGCCAAGUUGGAGAACGAAAAACGCCACUUGCAGGAGGAACUGGCCAAGAUCGAGGGACGGGCAACUAAAUUGGAUUUGCAACGUGUGGCCUUGGAGGGAGAUAUUACACGCCUACAAAUGGCCAUGCAGGAGAAGGAUUGUCACAUACGGGCAGCCCAGGAACGUUUGGACAAUCAAAAUAGGUCCAUGGCCCAACUGGAGGAUAGAUGUGCCUCACUCAAGACCUCGCUGGAUCAAAUGAAAGAAAGGCUACAAAAGGCCGCCGUUGUUGAGGCUGAGCUAAGGGGAGAACUUAAGACAGCCAGCAAGGAAAUUUCCGAACAAGGCCAUUGCUCCCAGGCCAAUGAAGAUAAAUUGAAAUUACUGCAGAAAUCCCUGCAAACAGCUGAAAAUGAAAAACGCAUUCUGAGCGAGCGUUUGGAAAAGGCCCAGUCAUCCAUUAACGACUUGCGACGUGGCCAGCAGGCCCAACUCGACAGUGCCCAACGUUUACAGGAUCAAGUCAAUGAUUUGGAGGUGAAAAACUCUGCCCUGGAAUCACAACUACGCAUAGCUAAAUGGAAUCAAGAGUCGGGUGAUAAGAAUUCCAGUUCAAGUAAUCACCUCGGCGAAGAGGAUGAACUAAGUCGCCAAUUGAAGUCUUCACAAAGAGAAAAAUCCGAACUGCGCAGCAAAUUGCAAGUACUGCAGGAUAAGGUGAAACAAUUGGAAUCGGAACGAAAGAGCAAGUUUGCCGGUGAUAGUGUUUUCGAUCGGUCGGAAAAAUCGGCAAUGGGCGGAGGCGGAGGUGGCCAAAGUUCUUAUUACGAUGGCAACUAUGAUUCGAACCGCUUGGAGAACAACACGGCCGCCAACAAUAAUUAUCAACGUAAAAGCUCGGCGGCAGCUGGUGGUGGUGGUGGUAGUUUCAACUGUGGCCUAGAUCAUGCUGUCAUUGAGCAAGAAAAUCGUGAUCUACGUUUGAAGGUGCGCCGUUUGGAAACUCUUUUGGCCGAGAAGGAAUCCGAACUGGCCCGUUGCAAGGCACGCAUUCAUGACAGUGCCAAAUGUAUGGAUGGCAUGGAUACAGAACGUUAUCGCAGCGCCCAAAUGCAUGCCGAGAAGCUAUUGGAUGCCCGUGAGCAGAGUCAUCGCCAACAAGUUUUGCGGCUGGAGAAUCAGAUCUCCAUGUUACGUGAACAAUUGGCCCAGGAAGCCAAACGGCGUCAGCAGUACAUUUUACGUAGUUCCAAGGCAAAUCGAGAAAUGCAACAUUUACGUAGUACCCUAGGAGACUCAUUGCGACAUGUUUCACAGCAUCCUUUGGAUCCUAAUCUAUUGGAGAGUGAAUCCAGGAGAUUGGACAAUGCCGUAUCGAUGAGUCUACCGCCAUCAACCUGUCGUGAUUAUGAACGCGAUUAAAAGGGGAAAAUAUGGAACUGUCCUAACAAACACUACCUAAUGCAUUUAUUUUGUUUUUUUAAACCAAAGAAAAUUAGAGAAAUAAUGCCACACACAUUUUUUAUAGGCAUCCUGUGCACUCAUACAUAUCUACAUAUUUAGAAUAAGUUAGAUGAAUACUACCAAUACACCAUACAAACACAGAAAUCAUUUUACAUAAUCGAAAAGUCAAAAAGAUUCAAUAAAUCCCAUAACAAAAAAAAAAAUAACACAUCAACUCAUUAAUUUUUUAUGGACAACAAGAAGACCAAAAAUUGUUGCAGAGAAGUAGCUUAUCAUUGUCUGCCUAGGAAGACAAUUGAAUAUAGUGUGUUCAAUAUAUGUAGAGAGAGAAAAAUCAAGUUUGGACAUGAUCACUCAUUUAGCUGGCAGCAAAAAUAAAAAGGAUAUUUAUGUGACACGGUUACUGUUCUCCUGUUUUAAAGAAAGAGAACAGUCAACAUACAAAACACUUUUUUUAGUUUAAAAAGCAAAGAGUAAGUAAUGGUAGAUUAAACAUUUUAAAUUUCGCAUUUACACAUUCAUCAUAACAACCAACCAACCUACAAACAGACUCACUCACACUCAAACAUGUUACUAAUAUUUGAUAUAUG